AUGCGCUUCACCGGAAACCACAUCGACGGCCGCAAGAUGAGGGAGCUCAUGGCGGAGGAACCAGCGUUCGCAUACGCAGACGAGUACGCAGAUGACUACGAAGAGGACUACGUAGAUGACUACGCAGACAACGAAUCCGACGGAGACGCCGAUUCCGACUGCGACGACGCCGACACAGCCUAUGACUCCGAGUCUGCAUACCAGGUUGACCAGAAUGGCGCCGGCUACGAAGACGAAGACGAAUAUCUCGGCCGCGCAAGCUUGCCGCUCGGCCUAGCCGCCCGGCUCAAUCACGCCCCUCGGCGUGCCGCUCGUCCCAACCCAGACGGGUAUCGCCAUGUGCAGUGGCCGGAACGCCGCUCGCCCUCGCCCGGGGUAUAUCGAGUGUUCGCCUGUUCGCGCGCCCAACCACAAGAGACAGAACGGUUUGAUGUUGCCGACUCUUCCCAUGCGCCUCGAGAUAGCCAAGAUGAGGCGGUUGAGUCAGCGAGCGAGGCGGACUCGGACGCGACAGGAACCUGGAUCAAGGGGUAUGAGUCGCAGCGGCGCGGGCGCCGGCGGAUGGAGAAGGCGCGGGCGUUGAAGCAUCAACCCCGUGACUGCGAUGCGGAUCAUUGGUCUGAAUGCGAUGAAUGUCGCUCGUAUUGA